AUGGCGUUCAACUUCAACUGGUCGCCGCUCAUGGCAGACGCGGGCUUCUACACAAGGGCGCAGGAGCUGUUGACUGUUGCGCUGAACAAAUCGCCCAAACCCCCGAUUAUCGUCGACGAUAUCGUGGUGACCGAACUGAACCUGGGCUCCAACCCCCCAGAGCUAGAAAUCUUGGAAAUAGGUGAUCUGGCAGAGGACAGGUUUCGGGGUAUUUUCAAGAUGUCCUAUGCUGGAGAUGCGUUCUUGACCCUCAAGACCUGUGUGCAGGCGAACCCCUUGAAUACAUAUCUCCUUACUCGGCACCCCUUUGCCUCUCCACAACCACUUGCUGCUGCAACCGGUUUGACUAUCCCACUUCAAAUUACCCUCUCAGACAUAAAACUCUCAGGUUUCGUUAUUCUCGUCUUCUCGAAGCAAAAGGGCAUUACAGUCGUCUUUCGGAACGAUCCCCUCGAAUCCCUAAAAGUCUCGUCGACCUUCGAUUCGAUCCCUUUUGUCCGCGAUUACCUCCAAAAAGAAAUCGAGGGCCAGCUACGAAUACUCUUCAUGGACGAGUUGCCUGCGAUUAUACAUAGGCUUUCUUUGCGCCUAUGGGGAACGGAAUAUAGUGAACUGGAAACCACUUCGGCUCAAGUCACGAAUCCACCGCUUGAAGGACCAGGCCUGGAUCCUUUAUUGAAUCCCCCCGAGGAUCCCGUCGACGCAUCCGGGAACGUUCUGUCUACUUCGGAAAUCGCAUCCCUAUCUCUGGAUUCCGGCGUCGAGAUGCAUUCCCUCUUCUCCCGCAAGAACGUCCUCCGUCUAGCCGCGCUGACGGAUUCCCAGAGGACGCUAUCCUUAUUCACGCCUUCUAUCCAAGAAGUUGUUUUCAGAGCAUGGACAGGUUUGAUGGAGCAGGCUGACGGUCCCAGCGGCCUGGUCUCCCCCAUGAGUCCCCCGCUCUCCAGAACCCAUUCUCACGUCGCAACAUCGUCACUUUCACUCCAAGAUGCUGCAAGUCUGGCAUCGUCUUCGCACAGUCGACUGAGUCUUCCCUCAACAGGGUUUAGCGGAUACGGGCUCAGCAUGGGUGCUGGUCGUCACUCAAAGGCUCAUGCGAGGAAGCGAAAGAAGCGAGUCGUGGAUCUUCGACGACGGCCGAAGAAUACAGAUGAUAUGGAGAGCGUCAGCGGCGAAAGCGCAUUCACGGAGAGUACAAGUGCAGCCUCUGUAUUUUCGGGCUCAACCAUACCAGAAGAGAAUAACGAUGACCCCGUAACCCCUCCAGGUUCUCCACCACGUACGAUCAGACAACCAACCCUAUGUGACCCUAUCGUUGCCCGCAACGGUGCCGAAAGAAAUGCGCGGAGAGGCUCUCUCUCUCUCUUCAUAGUCUGGAAUUCGGACACGAUAUCCCUGCUUCCCGCACUACGCCGGCUACUGCCAACGAUAUAG